CCGACACUUAUAAUACCUCAUCCGACAACCAACACACACGAUGAUACUUCGACAGUAUCCGAAAAUAAACUUAAAACGACGCGUUCUGGAAGAAGGGUGAGAUUUCCAGAACAUCUAAACGACUAUUGCACGUAAGGCACUUCUCGACAUUUUAUAUUAUUUUUAAAAAAAAAAAACAAUUUUAAUAUGCUUAUAUAUUUUUAUUUCUAUUUAAAAAAAAAAAACAAAACAAAAAAACAAUUUUUUUAACGCUAUUACGUGUUCAUGAGUUUAUUUUCCAUUUUUUUUUCCGCCGACAUUGUGCUUUGACGCACAUACGAGUGUAUUUCGACAUGCACUUACAUUUUCUUUUUUCUUUUCCAGGACGGCUGGAAAAGAACGAUGACGUUUAUGAGGAUCCGAAAUUUUCCAUGUACAUUUUCUUUUUUUACUAUGUUGUACCUCCGUCCCAUAUAGUAAGGAAAGACGACCAGACGCUGCUAAAUUUAGUAAGCUAUCAGAAGAGUGUUUACCAACGACAAACUCGUUGGGUUUAAACUUCUGGCUGGCCACGUCUUAGGGUCGUCACUGCCCCACUAGGGGGGGAGUGAUCUGUAGCGGUAAAUAAAUCCCCAAAAUAAAUAGCACUAAGUUUUCGACAUUGGAUGCUGACCAUAUGUUUUAGUGGACUCACCUAGCUGAAGGCGCUCGGUCAGCCAUCCGCACCAGAUCACGUGUGGUAACGCCGUGCUCAACAUCAACCGCAAUCGCUAGCCAGAUUAGAUCAGAGAAUUCCGAUAUAUUGGUCAUCGCCAAAUAUACUCUUCCGAUCUCCUCGACUCUGUCUUUUGAUUUCUCUGGGCGGGAACGAAAUAUAUUAGAAGGUGUUACUGGUAGAAGCGUUGUCAAACACUGAAUACCUGUGACAUCAUCAGGAUCAACGAAGUGCACCUGAUAUACUAUUACAGUUCCUGAUGCCUAAAGCCUAAUUGCUUUGAGAGCCGACAAAGGACGCAUUGUGUACCUCGACCAGGUGUCUGAAAAUGCUAUGAUGGUUUGCGCCAGCGUUCAGGUUAUGUCCUGAGGGAGAGCUUGAUGGAAGAAAAAAGAGACGACUCGCUAAGAAGAAAGAAUGCACUUACACUCACUGAUGAAAGCAUUCGAAAGCAGUAAGAAAAAAACAAAAGUGCAAUAUCAGGACUAUUCGAAAAUCGAAACUGAGAGUUGACGAGAUACAACUUCGAAUGUGUUACGAUGAUCCUAUCAUUUCCAAGGUCAGGCGUUUGCGAGGUCGGUAAACUUGAAUCGGGACAUCUCAAAGGACAUAGCAGACAUGUAGAAAGACCAAGAGCGAACAAAAUACCCGUGGCAUACAGGUUCUCACACCGAGUCAUCAAUUUUUGGAACCUGUUACCAGAAGCAGUGGUGUCUGCACUUUCAAUUGACUUAUUCAAGAGAAGACUAGACACUCACAGAAGUAUAAUAUAAAAAGAACGAUAUAGGCUGUAUGCCUUCUGUCCUUACGACACAAAUCUGAAAUCCGAUCUGAAUCUGAUUAUUAUUUCAUAUCUUAGCUACCUAAAUUAAGUGUGGCUUAUAGCCUGUUAUGUGAACCUUUCUAGCUUUUAAAUUGCCUAUAGUGUUAGAAAAAGUCAACAAAAUAAGACCGCCAUUUAUUCAUUGUAAAUGUUAUUAAAUAGUUAAUAACUUUACCCCAUUAACCGUCUCAUUGACUUCCUGACUGUUAUAUUGUACGCAUGUAAAGACAAAAACAUAAUUAAAACCCACUUUUUGGAUUUCUAACUGCUUGUCACUGGAUUGUUUCGUAUAAAUGGGAAGCUGUGAAUCAUUAGUUUGUCUGAAUGAGUUUUAUCUACUAGGUAGUUUCCUCGAGUACUGUUCCACCUGCCAAUUUUGGGUAGUAUCAUUAAUUCAACAUGUGAUCAUACUGUAGCCCAGGGACGUCAAUGUAAUUUGAAAGUUGUUUUAUUAUUAUUGAUAUAUAUUUGCCUGAGUUGUUUAUUCUUGUCAAUUUCAAGAUGUAAAACAAAACUCCUGAAUACUAAUCUUUCGAAAUAUUUACCGUGCCUUCGGAUCAAAUUGUUUGGAUUACACAAUCUUGAUUUUUAGGUAUGAAAUUUACGCACCCAAUUUGAUUAUUUUUUCACAUUAAAACGAAAACAAAUUCAAAAUGGUUUAUUUCACCUAAAGGAGCUGAUGGAUUUAUGGUCCACGACAUUCCUACCUGUUUUAUUCUAUUUUCAUGAAAGUAACAAAAAUUCGAGAAGCAUUUUGCCAUGGUUUGUGGUCACCUACUAAGUCUGACUUUCUUUAUUCCCUUAACUGUCUUCCUCUGAACGAACAGCAAGUAGCUUUGCGUUUUGCCUACCAACGAGAUGUACUUAGUUCUAUGGUUGGAAAGUUACUUAUCCGUGGAACAGCUGUACGAUACCUUAAGAUUUCUCCACAUGAUGUUAAACUACAACGUUCUCCGGAAGGAAGGCCAUAUAUUUUGGGUUAUUCUGAUGUGUUGGACUUCAAUAUUUCACAUGGUGGCGACUUCACCAUAAUUGCUGCAACUCCUGUGGGACGAUGUGGGGCUGAUGUCAUGCCUAUAGAACUGCCAGCAUUUCAAAGGUCCGCAAAUGACUUCGUUUUGAAAAUGAAGGACGUAUUUUCCUCUACAGAAGUGAACCGUAUUUUAUCCUCUGGGUCAGAAGCCGAAAAAAUGAGAAAAUUUUAUGAACACUGGUGUUUUAAAGAAGCUUACGUUAAAGCUUUAGGAUGUGGACUUCGUAUCCCCUUAAAAACGAUAGAAUGCCAGUUUUCUGACGAUGGCAAUGAAUUCUUGAUUGGUAAUGAGCCUACAAAUCAGCCAAAUAAAAAUUGGGCCUUUGAAAAACAUAACCUACCUGAAAAUCAUCUGGCGGUAGUUGCUUGGUUUGAAAACACAUAUGUGGAGACCAAAACCAGUACUUCAUUUUCCCAACUGAAAUUUGAACAGUUAGUGGACAAGUUAGCAGUCCUAUCGCCUGUAGAUAAUACUGCUUGGGAUCAAUUUUUGAGGAAGCCUCAUUCACCACCAUCAUCUCGUCAACGAAUUCAAGUUAAUUAAUUUAGAUUUAAUUCAUUGUUGAAAUUUAUUUAGUCAUCAAUUGCAUGCUAAUCAUUGAUUUUUAAAUAUAAAGUAUUUUAUUUAGGAGAA